AUGUCGGACUCCAGGGACCCAGGGAAGCCCGGCGGCGACAAGGAGAAGGAGGAUACCCUCUCCAAGUACAUCCAGCGCAUGAAGACCGUCCUCAAGGGCCCUCGCAGAGCUGCAGACAUGGACAGGAGCAGCAGCCUCUUCCGUCUCAGGUCAGGGUCAGGGUCAAGCUCAGCCGGCGCCAGCUCCUCGCCAGUGGACUUCGAUGCAGGAGGAACGCGCCCGCGCCCUCUUGCUAAGUACGGCCUCACCCUCGAACCAGGCGAAUGGAUCACCGGCCCUGCUACUGGCCUCACUUCCUCUCCGGCCGGGCCUACCUCUCACUCUACCAGCAACGGUCUCACCAACAACAUCUCUGCCGGCAACGCCCUGAACCAGGUCGAACGAGUCGAGAAGCCCAUUCGUAUGCGUGUUCGUCGCAACUGUCACCGCUGUCUGGCUACCUUUGGCGCCGAUAAGGUCUGCGUCAAGUGCGAGCAUACCCGAUGCAAGAAGUGCUUCCGCUACCCGCCCUCAAAGUCAGAGACAGCUUCAUCCGAGCCCAAGAGGGAGCGGGCCCAGAAGAAGAUCGUUAACGUUGUCAGCAGUAACACCGCUGCGGGUGCCGGUACUACAAACACAGCUGCAACAACCGCUGCCACCACCAACAACAACAACAACAACAACAAUGCAACACCAACACCAACUGCGACAACGGGGGCUGCUACUGCCGCUGCCUCUGCCGGCGGUGGUACUGCGAGUGCAGAUGGCGCUCGCGACCGUGCAUGGGAGGAGGGACGAAAAACUUGCCCUGAGAAGAUUAUCUUGACCAUCCCCAGCCGGACGGGCGGACAGGACCUUGUGCGCAAGCCUGUUCGCCAGCGUGUGCGGCGAACCUGUCAUGUCUGCAAUACAUUAUUCGAAGGAGCUGCCACCGAGUGUCUUAAUUGUCACCAUCUCCGGUGCAAAAAGUGCCCCAGAGACCCGGCGAAGAUGGACAAGUAUCCCGAUGGAUAUCCAGGUGAUGCCGAGCCGCCAUUCGAGCCACAGGAACGGGUCUGGAGGAAGCCCCGUCGGCGCGUUCGAUGGACAUGCCAUGAGUGCUCUUCCAUGUUCACGGGAGGAGAGAAGAUAUGUCUCCAGUGCCACCAUGAGCGGUGCGGCGACUGCAUUCGAGAUCCGCCUAAGAAGAUCAAACCAGAGCCUGAUCCGGAGAUACUUCGGCGGGUCGAAGAGAAGCUGGCACUCAUAGACGUCUCUUCCUAGAUCGACUAUAUCCAAAAAGAAAAAUAAAGCUCUCUUCGCCAUCACAUACAAUGAACGACCUGUUUCGCCAUCUCUUGCUUUCUUUGCCUCCGCUUCUGCUUCUACCUUGACGUUGACCUGCCUAGCUAGCUGCUUCAUUCGAUUUACUACAUGACGGUUUUACGACUUUGAUGCUUGCCCCUUUUUAACACUUUUAUUACCUUUUGACUUCUCAGAUUCACUUGCCUCCUUUUUUACUCGACU